AAAAAAUUAAAAAAAAAUUCUAAUAAAAAUAUUAAAAAAUUUAGCACUUUAAACUCCCUAAAAAUCCAAAAGAAAAAAAAUUAACGUGAAUUUAGCAAUUAAUGGCAAUUUAAUAGAAUUUAUCUAAAAAUCUACAAAAAAAAUGACCCCUUUACCUAAUAUAUGGGAUUUAAAACCUCUAGCCACAACCAGCGGUGGUGAUUUUUCUCAUAAUCCAUCGCACGAUAAAACUCCCUGGCGUUAUAGGAAAACAAAAAGAAAAUUAAAACGUCAACAGAACCAGGAACUGGAAUUCUGUAAACAAUUACAAAAUGAAUUAAAUGUGGCAGCCACCAAAUCAUGUUGUUUCAUCGAAGAUCAUGCCACAGAAUGGUAUAAACGGCAAAAGGAAUUAAGAGAGAAAAAGUACUUUUCCGAAAUGAAUAUAAAGGAAGCGAUUAAACCACAAUUGCAAAUUAAAACGGCGAUACGUCAUAUAAAGGACUCUCAGGAGAGGGUGGAGGAAUGUAAAGCGAUCUAUAUUUCUCCCGAGUUUCAAGAGCUUUUAAGAAAACAUGAUGAGCGCUUGCGUCAAAGAUGUUUAUUAAGCACUUUACCCAGGGAAUAUAUAAGAAAAAGAAAACGUCCUAGAAAGGAAAUAGUAGAAGAAGAACAUGAGGAGGAGGAAGAAGUUGUGAUCGAGAAAGUAGCAAGUGAAAAGAAAAUGCAUAUAAUAUGUAGUUGUUCUAGACUGCCGCAGCCGAAGAAACCAAAAACAAUGCCACAGAUUAAAAGAGAAGUUGUUAAGAAGAAAUCUAAAAGUUUAUGUGGUUGGAGUUGUUGCAGCAAACCACAAGUUUCCCUAGAUGAGUUAGAGGAGCGAAAAGCGGAGACACCAAAGAAGAGGAAAAGUUUUCGUUUAAGAAAGAUAACUAGCGGUUUGCCAAAGGUGGAGAGUAAACAACAGGCUUCUAUGCCUAAAAAGGAAAGUAAAGGAAAGGGUUUGGCAAGCAAGGAAAGUAAACAAAAGCAAGUGAUAACUAGUGGUUUGACAGAGAAGGAAAGUAAACAAAAAGCGGGAAUAUGUCCAAAUAUAGGUGAAUGGAAACAUAAAGUUUGUCCCAAGUUUAAGAUAAAAGAAGCUCCAAAACCGAAGCCUUCUAAAGAGGAGAAGAGAGAAUUGAAAGAAAAACCUUCUAAAACUUUGAAACCAGCAUCAGAAGAACUUAAUCCACACAAGGAGAUUAAGGAAGAAAAGAAAAUAGCACCACCAAUAACAGCCACCAAACCUUCUAAAGAAGAAGUUAAAAAACAUAAAGAACCAGAGAAACCUAAAGAACCGAAAAAACCUAAAGAGCCCAAGAAACCUAAAGAACCCAAAGAACCACGAAAACCUAAGAUCAAAGAAAAGUCGGCUCAAAAACCCAACGUACCGCUAAAACCCAAAGAAAGUGUUCUAAAAAGAGCCCUGCAACAGUUUAAGAAUCUUUCACAGCAUAAAACGAAAGAAAAAUAUGAAGAAGAAGAGAUUAAAAUUGAGAUCAAAGGUAAAGAUUUAAAACCACGUUAUCGUUUUCAUUACACCGCCAGCACAGACAAACUGAAACGUUUUAGAGAACUAGAAGAGGAGUUCAGCGGCAAACGUACAAACAGCCAACGAUUAGCGCGACAAUAUAUGGAAGACUCCGAUGAAGAACCCAUGAACACUAAAGCAAUUAGAAUACAUACCAAGAGUGCGCAUUUUUAAAACGGGAAACAAACCU